UAAGGCGCCAAACAGUGUAUAGGAAAAAAAAACAUUUUUUUCUCUUCUCUUCGCUUCUCUGUCUAACAAUGGCGUUUGCUCCUUCCCUAUCAUCGUGUUCCUCAGUCUCUCAGUUCCUUCCUAGGUUCCCGAACGCCAUUAGAUCCAUCAAUGUACCUUCUGGGACCAGCAGCAGAGCGAGGAUCCUCACCACCGUCGUUGCCGCCUCCGUCACUGACCUUACCGGCGUCGACAGCACGACCAUAGCCGUCGUCGGCGGUGGAUCGAUGGCGGCGCUCGCGGCGGUGAUAUCGCUGACGGAUCCGGAGAGACGGCGACGUAUGCAGGCGGAGGAGGUCGGCGGCGGCGACAAGGAGGUAGUGAGGGAGUACUUCAACAGCACCGGGUUCGAGCGGUGGCGGAAGAUAUAUGGCGAGACUGACGAAGUGAACCGAGUUCAGAAGGACAUUCGACUCGGACACUCGAAGACGGUGGAGAACACGUUGAUGAUGUUGACGGAGGAAAGUUCGUUGGCCGGAGUUACGGUCUGCGACGCCGGCUGUGGAACCGGGUCUCUGUCGAUUCCACUCGCUAAGGAAGGUGCGAUCGUCUCUGCUAGUGAUAUAUCUGCAGCCAUGGUUGCUGAAGCCGAGAAGAAGGCAAAAGAGCAACUCCCACCGGGGAGUUUGCCGAGAUUUGAAGUGAAGGACCUAGAGAGCGUAAGCGGGAAGUAUGACACAGUUAUAUGCCUUGAUGUUCUGAUACAUUACCCUCAAAACAAAGCAGACGCCAUGAUCGCCCACCUCGCUUCACUGGCAGAGAAGAGACUCAUUCUUAGUUUCGCCCCAAAGACGAUUUACUAUGAUCUCUUAAAGCGGGUAGGAGAGCUUUUCCCGGGGCCUUCAAAGGCAACUAGGGCUUAUCUCCAUUCAGAGGCCGAUGUCGAAAGAGCAUUGCAAAAGGUUGGAUGGAAAAUAAGGAAGAGAGGACUCAUCACCACUCAGUUCUACUUUGCCAAGCUCGUCGAAGCUGUUCCUUCCUAGAAGACUUAGAAAUUAGGUCAGUUUUUCGGGGUUUAUACUUGGAAAAUUUUCUUUCUUGCUUUCUAUAUCAGUGUAUCCAAGUGCAAUAUCGUGAAUUCGUAACCUCGCUGAGAGUGUUCAUUUGCAAAUCUCUAACCGGAAACCUUGAAACUUGCCCGGGGAGAGAUUCGAUAAAGUAUCUUACUCGAGCCUUCUCCAUGCGCAUGCAGGCCAUGGACGUUUCGUUGUUCAAUAUCAGAUGUGUAAUAUAUAAGAUUCUGAACUUGGGGAUGGAUAGGAAAGGAGGGUCAAUCUUAUUUUGAAAGCAUGUAGUCCUCCUGACAGGAUGAUGAAUCUUUCAUCAAUGGAAACAGGCAAUAGAAAACUCGGAAUCUUGAAAA